AUGUCCAACAUCCAGAACGCAGACCUUCAUUCAGCGACGUCGUCGGAAUCAUCCAUCUCGGUCUCUUCGUCAAAUGAUGAGGUUUCCAUGCAUUCCACCAUAAGUGGAGACUCUCAAUUGGAUGAUCAUCGGAACCAAAAUCUUAGUCUGCCUAUUCGAAAUGAUAAUCUGUUGAAUGUCUCUACGGAGAUGUUGCGCCGCACAUCUGCUAUAUCGUAUCUUGAGCCUAAACAAAACAAGAGGCGUACCAAUUCCCACAGUUCCAUGGGUUCAUACAGACCAUCCAAAAUCAACAUAAACCACAAUUUAAAUUCAAGAGAUUUGCUCAAUAAAAUGGUUAUAGGGGAUGACGAUGACGAUGACGAAUUUGCCGUAAAGUUCAAUGCACGCUACCAGUCAGGGAAUAAUCAGAAUAAUUUGAGUUUUGCUUCGAGUUCGAAUACUCCUGUACCAAUCCAAGCUAAAACAAGAUCCAAAUCCUUCAGUGAACAAGUUAAAUCUUUACUUCGUCCAAAGGAAGACUCGAUAAGUAAUGGGAUUUUACUAGGUAAUUCUCAUUCAAAGGGCGCCAAUUUAGAUGACAAUCAGAAUGAGGAUGAUUUGAGUAGUAUAGAAAGUUCAAAUCCAAGAUUGACUUUCCCCGAUCAAAAUGGACUAGGGAAAGUUAUAUCAAAGACCUCUUCUAAAUCGCUUCGAAGAAAGGUAUCCAAUGACGCGGCAGUGGAUAGUGACAUGGAUUCUCACGCUUCAAGGGAAAGCCAAGAAACAGAAGAGGAUGUUUGUUUUCCAAUGUUACCAGAGCAUAUCCGUAUCAGAGGCAUCGAUUUUGACGAGAUUGAAGAAUUUGUAGCUGAGCAGAGAGAAGAGAAUGAAAGAAUCGCAGAGCGUGAAAGAGAGUUACGGAUGGAUCAUUCUAUUACUACCAGUACACAAAAACUAAGUAGUGCUGCUUUAAGAUACACACCUAAGUCAGCGAGAAAUGGAGAGGUUGGAACCUCAUCAUCUGAUAUAAGUGAAAAAUCCAUCAAUGCAGGCAUAACCAAUGAAAAGAGUGAAUAUCAGAGUAUAAAUGAGAAUAACAAGAAUGAUGCUAAUAGUGAUGAAUAUGUUACCUUCAAUCAGAAUGAGAAUAAGAAGGAAGAAGAUGAAUUACCUACCAGGUUCAGCUUCUUUUCGAGUGAAAGGGAGGAGACUAUCCAUGCAGCAGAUAUUCCUUCGUUGGUCGUGCCUGGACAAAAAUUCAAAGAGUUAUUUGCGCCUGAGGACUCUAUUUGGUGGUUAGAUUGCACCUGUCCAACAGAUGUCGAGAUGAAGAUGUUGGCGAAGGCUUUCAGUAUCCAUCCAUUGACGGCUGAAGAUAUUCGUAUGCAGGAAACACGUGAAAAGGUUGAGUUGUUCAAAAGUUACUAUUUUGUUUCUUUCCAUACGUUUGAGACGGACUCAGAAAGUGAAGAUUUCCUUGAGCCCAUCAAUGUCUAUUUGGUCGUUUUCGGUUCGGGUAUUUUGACAUUUCAUUUUUCGCCUAUUGUGAACCCCGCCAACGUCAGACGUAGAGUUCGUCAGUUGAGGGACUAUGUGAAUGUGUCACCAGACUGGCUUUGUUAUGCCAUGAUUGAUGAUAUUACCGAUGGAUUUGCGCCAAUAAUCCAGUCCAUUGAAUAUGAAGCCGAUUCGAUUGAGGAUUCUGUAUUUUUAAGUACAGACAUGGACAUCGGUUCUAUGCUUUUGAAGAUUGGUGAAAGUAGACGGAAAGUCAUGACAUUGAUGAGGUUGUUACAAGGUAAGGCUGAUGUUAUUAAGAUGUUUGCCAAGCGGUGUCAAGAUGAAAUGGCAAGAUUCAAUUUAAGCAAUCAGAACUUACAAGCACAGCCAAGAGCGGAUAUUGCCCUAUAUUUAGGUGAUAUUCAAGAUCAUAUUAUUACCAUGUUCCAGUCGUUACUAUCCUAUGAGAAGAUUUUCAGCAGGUCCCAUUCCAAUUACUUGGCACAACUACAGGUUGAAUCCUUUUAUAGCAACGUUCAAGUCACCGAUAUGCUCUCCAAAGUUACCCUUCUGGGUACCAUCCUAGUCCCAAUGAACUUGAUCACAGGGUUAUUUGGUAUGAAUGUUCGGGUGCCUGGACAAGAUGGUUCCAACUAUGGAUGGUUUGGAGGAAUAAUUGGUGUUAUUUUUGUGAUUAUAUUUGUCAGUUUACUAGGAGCAACCCAAUACAUGAAGUAUGUGGAAAAACAGGCUGGUAGAAAUGGAUUGAGGAGCGGCAUAAGCGUCAAGAACUUCAAGUUUGGACGCAAGAAACAGACCAAUGGCACACAACGCCAAGACGCUGUUAGUUUACCAACUAGGUUUACGAGGUAUGGUGAUUGGUAA